AUGGCCGACCCAGCGGCGGCCCUGUCCGGCCUCUUUGCCGAGCUGAAGAAGCUGGAGCACAAUGGCGACUUUGAGAAGGCGUUGAAGACGGCAAACAAAAUUCUCGACCUGAACAAGGAGAACCAGAAGGCCUUCCACUGCAAGGUGGUCUGCCUGAUUCAGCUGAACAAGUUUGAAGAGGCGUUGAGCUUGCUGAAUGGCUCCAGCGAGGAAGUGCAAUUGGCGUUGAACUUCGAAAAGGCUUACUGCGAGUAUCGCCUGAAUCAGGUCAACGAGGCGCUGGAGACUUUGAAGCUCUCGGAUGCAAACGCUGAUUUCGCCAGAGACGAACUGAAGAUUCAGGCGCUGUAUCGCAUUGAGGACUACGAGCAGUCCUACGCCAGCUACAUCGAGCUGAUCAAGAACUCCGGUGACGACUACGAGGAUGAACGGUACGUCAACCUGACUGCGGUCCUCGCCGGCCUGUCGCUGGAGAAGGCUGGCGACGUCAACGACGCGGACUUUCUCGACCUGAGCGAGAACACCUACGAAAUUGUCUACAACAAGGCGUGCAUCCUUAUCGGCAAGGGCCAGUACGAGGCGGCGGUGAAGAAGCUGGAGCAGGCGGAAGGUAAGUUUANGAACACCUACGAAAUUGUCUACAACAAGGCGUGCAUCCUUAUCGGCAAGGGCCAGUACGAGGCGGCGGUGAAGAAGCUGGAGCAGGCGGAAG